CAGGAGUUGGUAGUCGCUCCACCGGCCGUAUGGUAUGUGUUGCUUUGAGCACCACGGGCUUGGCUGGUGUUGCCUACACCUACAUGAACCACACUCCCACGACAUUUCUUUCGAAUCACGCUUUCCCUCUCCUAGCACAUUGUGCUGCUAAGGUCGACCCACAGGGAUCAGUAUGUGGUACUUCCGUUUUUUCUAAAACUGCCUCCAUAGGUCAUCACUGACACAAAGAAUCAUGCAUUGUUUUUAACGAUUCAUCUCAAACCAGGUGCAUCGACCCAGGCUUGUCUGAAAGCAGUCGGGCAGUUGCAGCAACAUGUUGAUACAAUCUGUCCACCUAGUAUGCGGGAUGAAUCUGAUGAAAUAUGGUUUGGUGUCGGAUUCGGACCGGAAUUUCUCGACCGGUUGAAGCCGAAUGCCAAACCAUCCGGACUGGCUCCCUAUCCAUAUCGGUAUCGUACUGGACCGUUGGGUGAUUUGCCAAGCACAGGAGGUGAUAUUUUCAUUCAUGCCAAAUGUCACGAACGGGGCAAAUUGUUCGAACUGUGUCAAGCUGUAGUCAACAGCUUUCCUACUGGGUCGAUUGACAAAUUCGAGGACAUCUACGGUUGGGUUUAUCGAGGUGGACGGGAUUUGUCUGGCUUCAUUGAUGGUACGGAAAACCCGGCUGAUGAAGACGAUCGCAUCAAAGCUGCCAUUGAUCCAAAAACCAAAGGAAGCUAUGUAGUUGCGCAAAAGUGGAUUCACAAGCACGAUGUGAUCCGAUCAACUAAAGAUGACGUCAAAUCUCAAUGGAUCGGCCGUGAAAUUGAGGAUAGCACUGAAUUGAGGAAGAAAACGUUAACGGCUCAUGUCUCUCGGAUGGUUGGAUCUGCGGAGUUUGACGCCCCGGCCAAAUUUCAAAUUGUGCGCCACUCACAGCCAUACGGCACACUUUCGGGAAAUUCUGGCUUGUUCUUCAUUGGCUAUUCAGCUAGUCCAGGUGCCUUGGAUUUUAUGCUGGAUCGCAUGACCGGGCAUGCUGAUGACACGAGGGCCGAUGACGUUAUGCGCAUGACCACAUGCGUGACCGGACAGUACUAUUUUUUCCCAAGCCAGUCGGAUUUGGAGCGCCUCAUUCGCGAAGGUGGAUCUUCGGGAUUUUGGGGUCGUCGCUAAACCAAACGAUCCCCAUACCAUCUCUCGUUUCUAUCCAUCUAACCAUGUCAUCUUGCUGAAGUUCAUGUGACCAUUUUUCCGCUCUCUGUCUCCGCUUAUCUCUAAUUCACCACAACUAAUGAUCCAUUAUAUUUUUCUCGUUUUGCUAACCAGCAUUCUCCUUACCAUAAAACCGGUCUCAAGAAGUUAUCUGCUACCUUUUUAUGCCGAACCAACAAAUGUUGAAUGAUAGACUGUCAUUGUCGAUUCUCUGUUGGAGUGGAUUCUGUUUCGCCCGAAUAUAACUUUCCCCACUACCUCGAGUACCUCUCUCUGAGUUGUAAGUGACGUG